UGGGACAGUUGGUUUGUUGGUCACCUAAUCGGCGGCAACGAAAACACCCGUUGUGUUCCUGGAGGUAUAAUAUUAUGCGUUCUGCGUGUGUAAGUUUCUGGAGAUGGCGAGGUGGAGAGGAAGAAGGCGAUCAGGAGGCACGAUUCUGGCGUUCCAUCCGCAUAAGGUGGGCGGCCUGAAGGUCCUCAAUGGUGAAUUGGGAGGGGUCGAGAGAGGCAGUGUCGAAGUCGUCAUCGGAGGUGGGUGGAGUGGUGUCGUCAGGGGUGAUGUUAUGGAAGAAGCGGGGGUGGAAAGAAGCGGGCGCGCGCUGGUGAUGGGGGUGGAGGAGUCGAUCGUGGUGAAGCAUGCGAGGGAGGAGGUCAGCAAGGGGCAUGUCGGGUUCGUGGGCGAGGGCGGUCGUGAGAUCUUUGUCGCAUACUCGCUUGAUCCGGGAGAUGAACGUAAAGUCGGGAAUGACGGUGGUGGGGAGGUGAUGGCAGAGGGAGCGGAUGUAUUGGACGAAGCGGUCUAUGGGACCGGUCUGGUGGAGGUGACAGAAUUUGAGACGGUUGGCCCAUUGGAGCAAGGAGUGACGCGGUCCUCCGGAGCCGCGGCGGUCGCUGACUUCGGCCGUCCACCAUUUGGCGGCAUUGCCGAGGAGGCGGGAGAUGGCAAUGGGAAGCCAGUGGACAAGGGGUAUGUGGUGGAGCUUGAAAGAGUUUUGGAGCUGGGUAAGGAAGAGGAAAACGUCCUCAUGGGGAAGGUUGAAGAAGGCCAUGAUGUCGGCGGAUCAGAAGGAACGGGGGAUUUCCCCUUCGUGGGAAACGAUCCGGGCGAGGGUGUUGAAGUUGAGGCAAUGCUGUUGACGGAGUCGGAACGAAGAUCAAACAUGUUGAUGGAAGAUUGGGCCAUGGUGGGGGAAGAGGGGGUGGAUGACGUGGCCGAAGCGGAAGUGGAGGCGGUAGCAGCGGAUGUGAUAGCGGCAGCGGUGGCGGCGGCAGCGGCAGCGGCAGUGGUAGCGGCAGCGGCGUCGGCGGGGGCGUGUUGGGAGGUCUUGGUUUGGCGUGGUGGCAUGUGGAGAUGGGGGGGACAAUUCCUAUUAAGAAGAAUAGAGCAUCAUAAAGUGAUUUAACAAUGAAGAUAGCAGAGAAUC